GUAGUCGUCGGAAUUUGUGGCGUACAAACACGGUUCACUUUGAUAAAGCUGAAUCAACCGCAUGGUGUUAUUCUGAUUUAGCACCACGCUAAUGUAAACACCGCAUAACUUUUCAUCUGUGCAACUGCCAAAUUAGCAUUUUGGAUGGUAAUAUUUCGAAACGUCGCAUACUUAAAAUAGAGAACAAACGUGUAGUUACUAUCGGUUUCUAUGAGUGUCUUCAGGCAUUUCGUGAGGAACUUAUAAACAAAAUGAAGGAGCUAACUAUGGGGAAAGUUGUGAAACUUGAAGAUGUUCAGGUAUUACUGUCGGAUUCGGUGCGGAUUCGCGAUAGGUCUCGUGUGGAGGACAUGGUCAACAGUCUGGUCCGUGGAGGCAAGGAAAAACUGCAGAUGAUCUCAGACUUUGACAGGACCCUCACGAAGCAGCACGUGAAUGGGAAACCAACGUUGUCUAGUUUCUGUAUCUUCAGCCAGUGCAGGCAACUACCGAGUGGCUACAAGGAACAGGAUGCAGCACUGUUCCAACACUACCGGCCUAUCGAAAUUGACCCAAAUAUCAGCCGGGAAGAGAAAGCUAAGCACAUGGUAGAUUGGUACCAGCAGGCACAAAAGCUGCUUCGUGGCUUCGACUUCCAAACAGAGGAGCUGGAGGAGGUUAUCAGGAGAGAGGGUGCAGAACUCAGAGAAGGUACUGACAAAAUGUUACAGUCACUGCAGGCAGCAGGAGUUCCUGUUCUGGUAUUCUCAGCAGGUCUGGGGGACUCUGUCUCGGCUGUCCUCAGGUACCACAAUGUACUUUUCUCCAAUGUCCACAUCAUCUCCAACUACCUGCGGUUCGAUGGACUCCAAGUGAAUGGAUUCCAGGGUGACAUCAUCCACUCAUUCAACAAGAAUGAACAUGCUAUUGAGAAGUCUGACUACUUUCAAAUUCUGGCGGGUCGGAACAAUGUCCUGCUGUUGGGUGAUGAAGUGGGGGAUGCUGGUAUGGCUGAUGGUGUCCAGAAUGCUGGGACUGUUCUGAAGAUUGGCUUCCUGUAUGAUCGCGUGGAGGACAGAUUGGAAGAGUUUUUGAAACACUUUGAUAUAGUUUUGAUUGAUGACCAAACCAUGGAUAUUGUCAACGGGAUACUUGACUUGGUUCCGUAAACAUUGGAUCUACCUUGUAUGCUUCCAUUACUGAUAUAUCUGAAGUCUGUCAUAGCCUGUUGCCAGUCUUUUGUGUUGACACUUUGCAAGACUCAUCACAUAGAAGUUUGUGGGGCACAUAUAUACUGACUGAUAGAAGAAUGGACACUUGUUACAGUAAUUCUUUUUAGUUGCAAUACCGGAUAUAUGAGUCACUGUGUGAACUUCUUUUGUAAAUGUCGACCCAUCAACUUAUAUGCC